GUAAGAGAGCCAAUGAAAGGAGGCGGGAGGCGGUGACCAAGCCUGGGGGGGCGGAAAGGAGUGGAAAGGGGCGGGACGUGGCGGCCGAGGGGCUGCGGGAGGGUUUAGUUGUGCUCAGUAUAUGACAGUACGUCAGCAGCGGGAUGGCCGUUGCUGUGGUGGCGGCUGCAGGAGCCGGAGCAGCUGCGGCCGCAGUGGAGGCAACAGUAGCAGCAGCAGCAGCACCCGGGGGAGUUUAAGAUGGCGGCGGGGGGGCCGGCGGCAGCGGGUCUGCGGGAGGAGCGGCGCUACGGUUUAUCGUGCGGGAGGCUCGGCCAGGACAACAUCACCGUGUUGCAUGUGAAGCUCACAGAGACGGCGAUCCGGGCGCUAGAGACAUACCAGACCCAUAAGAAUUUAACUCCUUGCAGACCUUCAAUUCAGUUUCAAGGACUCCAAGGGCUUGUCAAAAUUCCCAAAAAUGAUCCUCCAAAUGAAGCGCAUAACUUUAACUUCUACUUGUCAAACGUUGGCAAAGAUAACCCUCAGGGAAGCUUUGACUGCAUCCAGCAAACUGUCUCAAGUUCUGGUGCCUCACAGCUCAAUUGCCUGGGAUUUAUACAAGAUAAAAUUACAGUAUGUGCAACAAAUGACUCCUAUCAAAUGACGAGAGAACGAAUGACCCAGGCAGAAGAAGAAUCCCGUAACCGAAGUACAAAGGUUAUAAAACCUGGUGGACCAUUUGUAGGCAAAAGAGUGCAAAUUCGGAAAGCACCUCAAGUUGUUCCGGAUGCAGUGCCCGAAAGGAAAAGGUCAACUCCUAUUAACCCUGCAAAUACAAUACGGAAGAUCCAUUUGAACAACAAUGUUUCUCAGCGGCCCUAUAGAGACAGGGUGAUUCACCUCCUGGCACUGAAGACAUACAAGAAACCAGAGCUACUUGCUCGAUUACAGAAAGAUGGCGUUAAUCAAAAGGACAAGAACUCCCUUGGAGCCAUCCUUCAACAGGUAGCCAACCUGAAUCCCAAGGACCUCUCUUAUACCUUAAAGGAUUAUGUAUUUAAAGAGCUCCAAAAAGAUUGGCCUGGAUACAAUGAGAUCGACAGACAGUCGCUGGAGUUAGUGCUGUCUAGAAAAUUAAAUCCAUCUUCUCAGAAUGCUACCAGCACCAGCGGUUCAGAAUCUCCUAUAUGUUCUAGUAAAGAUGCUGCAUCUUCUCCUUCUCAGAAACGCCUCUUGGAUUCAGAUUUCAUAGAUCCUUUAAUGAAUAAAAAAACUCGGAUAUCUCACCUAACAAAUAGAGUUCACCCAACAUUAAACGGUCAUUUGAAUUCCACCAUGAAAAAAUCUCCUCCUCCACCACCUCCUCCUCCUGCAGCUGCCGCCACCCCAACUCCACCACCUCUUCCUUCAACCCACCUUCCAGUUUCAAAUCCUCCUCAGACUGUAAAUUCUAACUCCAAUUCCCCUAGCACUCCAGAAGGCCGGGGGACUCAAGACCUACCUAUUGACAGUUUUAGUCAAAAUGGUAGCAUCUUUGAGGACCAGCAGGACAAAUAUACCUCUAGGACUUCUUUGGAAAUCCCACCACCUGAUUCAAUCCUGUUGAAGUGUCCAAAGCCCGUGGAAGAGAAACAUUCAAUGUCACAUAAAAAAUCUAAAAAAAAAUCUAAAAAACAUAAGGAAAAGGACCAAAUUAAAAAACAGGACAUUGAGGAAAAGGAGAAAGACCUUAAGACAAAAGAUGAAAUUGCCAAGCUAAGUAACUCCAGUCUGGAUUCAAAUGAAGGAGUUGAAGAGGUUUGCACUGCCUCCACAGAUCCUUCAUCAGCUAUUGAACUACCGGAUUAUUUGAUAAAAUAUAUUGCUAUUGUCUCACAUGAACAACGCCAGAAUUAUAAAGAUGACUUCAAUGCAGAGUAUGAUGAAUAUAGAACUUUGCAUGCUAGGAUGGAGACUGUUGCUAGAAGGUUUAUUAAACUUGAUGCACAACGUAAGCGCCUUUCUCCAGGCUCCAAGGAGUAUCAGACUAUUCAUGAAGAAGUCUUAGAAGAAUAUAAGAAGAUCAAUCAGUCUAGUCCCAAUUACCAUGAAGAAAAAUACAGAUGUGAAUAUCUUCAUAACAAGUUGGCUCACAUCAAAAGACUCAUAGGUGAAUUCGACCAACAGCAAGCAGGGUCCUGGCACUAGACCCCUGCUUAGACCAGAAGAUGUGAAUAAACUUAAGCUUAUUUAUUUAAAAUUCCAAAUGAGUUGCUCUAAGAUUCUAAAAAGUUGAAACUUUGCCAGUUGAAAGUUUCAGUAUUAGCAAACUUUGAGUUACUUUUUUUAUUAUUAUUUUUUAUUUUAUUUUGCUUCCCUACAUAUUUGAAGCUGCUUUUUCUGGUCCCUUUUUCCCCCUCAAGACUUAGUUUGUCCAUGGAGAUCACUUUUAGAUAUUGGGGGUCCAGUGUCUGUACUUAAAGGUUGUGCACAUUUUCAAAGAAAUAACAAUGUAGCAAGUUGAGAUGCUUUUGGAUAAAUAUAGGCCUGGUUUUUUUUAACCUUUAUUAAUGCGAACUCUUUGCCUUAAUUGGUAGAAAGUUUAGAAAUUUGCACAAAAUACAAAAAAAAAGUUAAAACAUUGUUUUGGAGGGUUAAGAAAUAGAAAGGUGUGUGUAUAUGUAUGUAUAAAUUAUAUGCAGCCUGACUUGAUCUCAAACAGUAAUUUAUCCCUACAAGUUAAACCCCCCCCCCAUUGCAAUGGUUGCCUUAAGGUGUUUGCUUGUUGUAUACAUAGUGUGGCUAAUCCUUAGCUACGCUGCUUCCCAUUUUAUUAAAGUGAUGGAGAAGCACAUCGUGGCCUACCAGCGUCUGUAAGAGUGUGCUUGUACUUAAUGUAUGUGUGCAGAGGUUGUGUGGAUGUGAGCAUGCAUGAAGAAAAAAAGCUGCUACUCUUAGUAGGCCAAAACGCUCAGGUUAAAACAACUGACGAGUGUUACUGUAGGUUUUUUCCUAUAAAAUUGCUACUUCUAUUGUGGAAGACAAAAGCAUUUCCAUUUCAACAGUUUGUCAGCUUUAUUAAUGUUGGGGAAAAUCGAUGUUAUGAAAAGACUGAUCUAUAGUUUUGGGGCAAAAUUAUAAAAAUUAAACAUGUAGGUGACCUAUUUAUAUACUGCUAUAAAGUAUUUUUUUGAAGAGAGAUAUGCAAAGAAGCUAUUGCCUACAUGAAAUGUAUAUUUAAAGAUUUUUUUUUCUCCUGGGUGACAGGAAUAUAACAAAGAACAGAUAUAUUUAACUAUAAAAUACUGUGAUUCAUCAAACAGCACAAACUUUCAUUUCAUGCAGUUUAUCUGUUUACUUUGAUUUAAACUAUCGCUUGUUUUAUCAUGUGGGAACAUAAGUUAUUUGGUCAAGCAUGUAAGGAUUUUGAACGAACGUUGGCUUAAAUUGUGUUGUCUUACCGUAUUGUCUUUUCAAAGUGCUGCCAAUUGAAAAGGGAAGCAUUAUGUUUACAAAUCUGAUUUUUGGAAUGUUUGCCAAAUUUUUGGUAGUGUCUUUAAUAAAUGUCUCCAGCAUCCAAAAAAAAAAAACUAACCAAAUUUGUUGUGUAUCACUGUAAACCAGAAUAUGUUUGGUGUCUAGGAUACACGAGGUACUGUAUCAUCAUCCAGUAGUCAGGAAUGGGAGGGGAAACUUUCUCUCCAACAUCCUUCCAGAAUAUUCACCAAAAAGAUUAGGUCGUUUGAGAGAAUGUGCAAAGCCUCAAUAAGUCUGCCUUUGACUUCAGCUCUUUUUCAGUCCUAUUACUAUGUAGAGUAGAAAUCAUGGUACUCUUGGUGCUCUUUCUCUUACCUCAUAAUUGAUACAAUCACUAUUAGAUCUUAAUAUGUUUCCAAAUUUUAAAACAAUAUAUACACAAACCAAGGGGAAUUUAUUCAGGGAUAAGGUGGAAUUUUAUCUUUAUACAUAUUAUGAUUUCAUCAAUGUAUCUAAAGCAUUUUAUCUAUAAAUAGCGCAGUUCAUCCCAGAAGGGAUUCAUUGGUUUAACUACUUGGAUGAUGACGAAUUGGUAGGCUAACAAAAAAGUAUUGGCUUUAAGACAAGAAAUAUAUGCUUCUAAAGGCUUGGGAACAACUCCAAAUCUUCAAGUCUGUAAGUCAUAGUAUUUUAGAGCUGGAAGGGACCCUACAGAUCAUCUUUCAGUUAAAAUGUAAGUUUAAAUAACAGAAGAAGAGAGAAAAGACUACCUAUGUAUGUCUGCCCAUCAUCGUGUUCCAGUCACUUCUCUUCUAGUUGUGAUGUAAGAGUCCAUCUAUGAUUGUUUCCAUGCCAAUUCCUGUUGAAAUAUAUGUUUACAAAUAAGACUCUCCUUGUAGCCAAAAUUUUAUCCUCCUUAAAACUAACUACCACAAACAUGUAAGCACAUCUUCUGGUUUACAGGUUGGGUAAUUACUUUAGCUGGAGAUCACAUUUAUAGUCCAGCAUUGCACAUCCUUAGGCUUCACCACCUACUGUAAAAGCCUUAAUGUAGAUGGCAUCCUUUGCAUUGGGCAUAUCCUUGCAAAAUGUAUGUCCAUCUAUUGAUUGCAAAAUGUAGUUCUUUAAAUCUACAUAUCUGCUCUUACUCUAGUCUACAUCUCUGUUGAAUAAGUGUAUGAACUUAUCAAAGUGAUAUUUUUUAACGAUAUUAAUCUCUCACUGCGAGAUUUAUAGAUUCUCUCAAAUGAAAGCCAAAUGAAACUUUUCAGGUGAUGAUGAUGGUGCAGGUUCAGUUCCACUACUCUCUGUAUACAGUUUGAUUCAUUUGAGAGAAACAGUAGUAGUAAAAUAGCAUCAGUCAAGGUUGUCAUAUGUCUUUUGCUGCAGUUAGUCUAAAUCAGUUGGAAGCACUCGCUAAGAGUUUCUCUUCUUUAAUUAGCUCUUAUGAAAUGGAAUGAACAGUUGAUUUAAAUCAAACCAAAAUGAUACUAAGUAGUUUUAUAAAAGCAAAAAUAAACCACAAAUUUUUUUUCCUUCA